AUGGGCAUCGUCGACAAGAUCAAGGAGUUGGAGGCGGAGUACGCGCGGACGCAGAAGAACAAGGCGACGGAGGGCCACCUCGGCAUCAUCAAGGCGAAGCUCAGCAAGCUGCGCAGCUCCCUGCUGGAGGAGCAGUCGUCGUCCGGCGGCGGCGGCGACGGCUUCGACGUCAAGAAGUCGGGCGACGGCCGCGUGGCGCUCAUCGGCUUCCCCUCCGUCGGCAAGUCGAGCCUGCUGUCCACGCUGACGAGCACGCAGAGCGAGGCCGCGGGCUACGAGUUCACGACGCUCACGUGCAUCCCCGGCAACAUCCUCUACAACGACACGAAGAUCCAGCUGCUGGAUCUGCCGGGCAUCAUCGAGGGCGCGGCCCACGGCAAGGGCCGGGGCAAGGAGGUCAUCGCGGUCGCGCGGACGUCGGACCUCGUCUUGAUCGUCCUGGACGCGGGCAAGGAGGGCGUCGACGACCACAAGGGCAUCCUGGAGCGGGAGCUCGAGACCGUGGGGCUGCGGCUGAACAAGACGCCGCCGAACAUCGCGCUCGUGAAGAAGGCGACGGGCGGCGUCAAGUUCAACGCGACGGUGCCGCUGACGAAGCUCGGCGACGACCCGGCGAAGACGGUGAACUCGAUCCUGCACGAGUUCCGGCUCCACAACUGCGAGGUCCUGUUCCGCGGCGACUACGGCACGGACGAGCUCAUCGACGUCAUCAACGGGAACCGCAAGUACGUGCGGUGCCUCUACGUCUACAACAAGAUCGACAUGAUCCCGCUCGAGGACGUCGAGAAGCUCGCGCGGCAGCCGGACACGAUCGUCAUGUCCGUGCACCUCAAGCUGAACCUCGACUACCUGCUGGCGCGCAUGUGGGACGCCAUGGGCCUCGUGCGCGUCUUCUGCAAGCGCCGCGGCUGCCCCCCGGACCUCGACGAGCCGGUCGUGCUCUCGUCGCAGCGCCACGGCAUCACGGUCGAGGCCGCGACGGCGCGCAUCUCCAAGGAGCUGCUCGUCGUCUUCAACUACGCCGAGGUCUGGGGCACGUCGACGAAGCACAGCCCCCAGCGCGUCGGCCUCUCCCACGUGCUCCAGGACGAGGACGUCUUCCAGAUCAUCGGCCAGACGAACCACCAGCAGAAGCUCGACAAGAACUACUCCCAGCGCGUCCAGGACUACAACAGGAUGAUCGCCGAGAAGCGCAAGACGCGCACGAAGGAGGGCAAGAAGAAGCGGUCCACGGGCUAG